AAAUACAGUAAAAUGAUACAUUAACCCUUCAUCUCCCACAUCCUAUAAAUCUUCCCAUCUCCUCCGGCUCUGGUGUCCAAGGUUUCUCCAAUCCAGGAUCCUCUGCUGAUAUCUUCUAUAUAAGAGAAUUCUCCUGGAUGACCCAUCAACCAUGGAGAGAGACAGGAACAAGAUGGCCGACAGGAUCAUAAACCUCACCCUACAGAUACUCUUCCGGCUUACUGGAGAGGAUUACACAGUAGUGAAGAAGUCCUCUAGUGGGCGCUGUCAGGCCCCUGUGUGUGAAGGAUGGGGAAGAACCCUGAGCCCAAUCCCGGGGCCCCCACCUCACUCCCUGAUACAUGAGGAAAUGGAUGAACAGAAGAUCCUAGAACUCAUCAACAAGAUGAUGGAGCUGCUGACUGAAGAGGUUCCUAUAAGGUGUCAGGACGUGGCGGUCUAUUUCUCCAUGGAGGAGUGGGAGUAUGUAGAAGGACACAAGGAUCAGUACAAGGAUCAGGUCAUGAUGGAGGAUCAGCAGCCCCUCACAUCACCAGUCAGAUCCAGUAAGAGAACAGCACCAGAGAGGUGUCCACAUCCUCUUCUUCCACAGGAUGAUCAGGGAGAAGGUCCAAACAAUAUUAAUGCUCCAGAGACAGAUGUGAGCUGUGAUGAGAAGUAUAAGGAGGACAUUCCUAUAGGGAAAGAGUUCAUCUAUAUUAAUGCUACAGACAUAAGGAAAGAAGAAGAGACAGAUUUGAGCAGUGAUGAGCAGUAUAAGGAGAACAUUCAAACAGAGAAAGAUCUGAUCUAUAUUAAUGCUACAGACAUAAGGAAAGAAGAAGAGACAGAUGUGAGCGGUAAUGAGCAGUAUAAGGAGAACAUUCAAACAGAGAAAGAUCUGAUCUAUAUUAAUGCUACAGACAUAAAGGAAGAAGAAGAGACAUAUGUGAGCGGUGAUCAGCAGUAUAAAAAGGACAUUCCUACAGGAGUAGAUCUGAUCUAUAUUAAUACUACAGACAUAAAAGGAGAGACAGAUGUGAGUGGCGAUGAGCAGUAUAAGGAGGACAUUCCUACAGGUAACCGCCUAGGUGAGUAGUAACCACUUAAUGCAGAUUCUGCUCAGUUACCGGUUGUAAUAUGCUUUUAUGGACUCCGAUGGAAAAAAAAAAUAUUUAAAAUUAUCUUUAGCCUUCCAGUACUCGUCAGCUGCUGUAUGCUGCUGAGAAAGCUGUGUAGUUCUUUUCAG